AUGUCUUCUUAUUAUGAGGAUUAUGAUAGAGACAAGAAGAAGAAGCUGACUGUUAUGGUCACUUCAGGUGUCCUCAUGAUUGCCAUGGUAGUUGCCGUCACCAUCGCCGUCAGUCAUGGCGGUAUUUCUCAAGAUGGACGACGUAAAUCACCUGAAGUUAACGAACGCACUGAAGUGUCAGCCAAAAUGAAAGCCAUCAAAUCCGUUUGUCAACCCACGGAUUUUCAGAAAACAUGUGUUGAUAGCCUUAGAUCCGCCACCGGAAACAACACAACUGAUCCCAAAGAACUCAUCGGAAUUGCCUUCAAGGUCGCGAAACAAGGCGUUGAGGAAGCUGCAAAGAGUGCCACCGCGAUUAAAGAGCUUGAAAAAGACCCCAGAGCUCAGAAAGCUCUCCAGGGUUGUAAAGAUUUAAUGGAUGACGCCAGUGAUGAUUUCGAACGCUCAUUUAAGUCGUUAGAAAAGGUUGGAAUCAAGAGGAUUGGGAAGGUGAUGGAUAAUUUGAAGACAUGGCUGAGUGCCACAAUAACUUACCAGGAAACUUGCCUGGAUGGGUUUGAAAAUACAACUGGGAAUGCCGGAGAGGAAAUGAAGAAGGCAUUGAAGACCUCAAUUGAACUCAGUGUGAAUGCCAUUGCUAUGGUGAGCAAAUUGUCUUCGGUUUUUCGAUCAUUGAACAUUGGUCAUACAAAUGAUAGCGUUGGAAGUCGCCGCCUCCUUGAAACAAACUUUCCUGUGCUUGGCCAUGGCGAUAAUUAUCCUGUGUGGCUUGAAGAUGAUCUUGAAGGAAGACGGAGACUUGCUGCUUUGGAUGAACCGCUUCAACUCAAGGCUGACAUUGUUGUAGCCAAGGAUGGAAGUGGGAAUUUUACCACCAUUAAUGAAGCAAUAAACUUUAUUCCCGACAAGACCAAAAACGGAACUGUCGUAUACAUCAAGGAGGGAGUUUAUGAAGAGAAAAUCUUCCUCAAUAAGUCUUAUACCCAAGUGAUCAUGGUCGGAGAUGGUGCUGAAAAGACCAGAAUCACCGGAAGUUUGAACUUUGUCGAUGGCACACCCACCGUGCAAACCGCCACAGUCACUGUUCUAGGGGAUUAUUUCAUGGCGAAGAACAUUGGAUUUGAGAACUCUGCAGGAGCCAUUAAACAUCAAGCAGUGGCCUUGAGGGUGGGAGCCGAUAUGUCGAUCUUCUACAACUGCUCAAUGGAUGGAUAUCAAGACACACUCUAUGCACACGCCAAGCGCCAAUUCUACCGCGACUGCAAGAUCUCAGGCACAAUCGAUUUCGUCUUUGGUGACGGUUCUGCCGUCUUCCAAAACUGUAAAUUCACCGUUCGCAAACCCAUGGACAACCAGCGUUGCAUUGUUACCGCCCAGGGCCGCAACUGGACUCACCAGCCGACCGCAAUCGUCAUCCAGAACGGCUCAAUCGUCGCCGACCCGGAGUACUAUCCAGUCCGGAAUAUAAUCAAGUCGUAUCUUGGAAGACCUUGGAGAACCCAUUCAAGAACGAUUAUUAUGGAGACUUUAAUCGAUGAUUUGAUUCAACCUGAAGGAUGGUUGCCCUGGGAUGGCGAAUUCGGAAUCAAGACAUGUUAUUACGCGGAGUUUAAUAACCAAGGCCCUGGUGCGAACAAAACGGGGCGUGUGAAAUGGGAAGGAGUAAAGAACAUUUCUCAGGAAGAAGCUCAAGGAUUUACACCAGCCAAUUUCUUUGAAGGAAAUUUGUGGAUUAAACCCAGUGGUCUGCCUUAUAUUCCUGGCUUUGUUUCCAGCAAUGUACCCUUUUCUUCUAAAAAUGAGACGGAAUUUGCAGCGGCUCCAACACCGACCACUGCGGAUCCUCCCCUAAGCGGCAAAGUAGCGACGGCUUCAGAAGAAGAGGAUCCAAAAAAUGAAGAGGCGGGUCCUCCCCCAAGCGGGAAAGUAGUGACGGCUUCAGCAGUGGCGGAUGCACCUGGAGACAAUUAUGCGGUGAGGGGUCAACCUGUAGAGGCUCCAUGGAAUGCAGUGGCGGGUCAACCUGUAGAGGCUCCAUGGAAUGCAGUGGCGGAUCAACGUGCAAAGGCUUCAAGGAAUACAGUUGCGGGUCAACGUGCAAAGGCUCCAAGGAAUACAGUUGCGGGUCAACGUGCAAAGGCUCCAAGGAAUGCAGUGGCGGGUCAACGUGUAAGGACUCCGUGGAAUGCAGUGGCGGGUCAACGUGCAAAGGCUCCGUGGAAUGCAGUGGCGGGUCAACGUGUAAAGGCUCCGUGGAAUGCAGUGGCCGUUCAACGUGUAAAGGCUCCACCGCCGGACAACUGA